AUGUCUGGAUGGCACAUAUCUUUCGAGGACAUACUUGCUCUCCAUCAGAGUGACUUUGUGGCUGCAUCUCAGGAAACGCGCCUAGGUAUUCUGAGGACAGUCCGGGAUCAUAUCAUUGCAAAAAACAAGUCACAGGAGGAAUCGGUUGAGUUGCCAAAGGCAUUGAAAAGUAAUACAAAGGCUAUCAGGUGUUACUACUGCCAAUUUUUAACCGAUGAAGAUGACUUACAGGCAGAAGAAGAGCUUUUGCGAGAUGAGCAAGAGGACGGGACAUCUAGCCUGUCCCCUGAGGAGAGGGAGGCAGGUGCCCGUCCUAAAGAUGCGGCCUUCUACAAGAAAGAAGUUAGUGACUGGGAUGUUGCCCAGAGGCUAUUUAAGCAGGAGAUUGACGAGUAUGAUAAGGAGGAGCAAGCGAAGUUAGGGGUAAAAAAUGAAAUCAAGUAUAGAACCGGUCAUGCUAGAGAUUGGUUCAAAAACAUAACCCCUGCACAACGGAAGGAGGUUGAGAAUGCAAGGGAAAAGUGGAACAAGGAGGGUGCUCCUCCGGAAUCGCAGACGAUGUAUCGAAAGAGGCACUUGAAAAAAAUUCUGGAAGACUUUACCGAACAAAUCUGUCGUACCAUGGGAUGUCAGGUUAUGAUCCUAGCCAGUCACAAGAAACUUGCAGACCAGACUCUAAAUGUUGUGGUUCACGAGUCCAAGCCGGUCAACAGUAAAAAGCCCUUUACUCAGAGUUCACGAGGGAAUAAGGAAUGGAUGUCUGAGGGUUUUGAAAAAUUUGCGGAAUGGUCAAAGUUAGAAUUCUACCCAGAGGAAAAUGAUGACGACUCAAAUGACGAAGAGGAAGGCGAUGGCAAACCUAGCCUACCUGACGUCAUUUUGGACAAAAACGGUUACGCGAAGCUUCCCUCACGAUCUGGAGUUGCUGCCAGAGGGCAACAAGAAUUGGUGCGUCAGAUAUUCUGUGCAUCUUACAAGGUCUUCACGGACACUACCAAACCCGUACCUUGGCGUGAGGUGGUGGCAAACCCCUCUCUCUACCUGGACCCCAAUUCCGUUCCAGAAGGCUUCAUCUUGAGAGACCCGUCUCAUAUGAGGGCCGAAAAUAUCAAUCAGCUGUGGGCUCAUUGGGCACAUAUUACAGUGACCUAUCUCCGUAUAAUACGAGGGAACGGACAUGCAUAA